UGAUUGGACAAGGGGAAUGACCUGAGGGCCUGGGCGAGGCGCACGCUUGGGGACUCCGCGCGCCCUUCCUUUAAGGAGGGCCGGGCCGGCUGUGGGGCGAGUGGCCAAGAUCUUGGCCGGCUUGGCGUCUUCCCUUCCUUGGUUGCUGCCUCCAGUCCCGGCCAAAGAUGUGGCUUUUCAUAAUUGUGUCCAGCUUGGCUCAAGGCCUUAUAAGUUCAGAAGUGCAAAAAUAUGUGAAUCCAGAAGCAACCAUGAAUAUUAGUGAACUUAUUUCCUUCAGGGGAUAUCCCAGUGAGGUAUAUGAAGUAGUAACAGACGAUGGGUUUAUCCUCGCUGUUAACAGAAUACCUCAUGGGAAAGGAAGCCCGUUGGACAAAGAUCCUAAGCCAGCUGUGUUUCUGCAGCACGGUUUGCUCGCAGAUGGCAGUAACUGGGUGACCAAUUUUGACUAUAACAGCCUGGGCUUUAUUCUGGCUGAUGCUGGCUAUGAUGUUUGGUUAGGAAACAGCAGAGGCAAUACGUGGUCUCGAAAGCACAAAAACUAUACGGUGACGCAGGAAGAAUUCUGGACAUUCAGUUUCGAUGAAAUGGCUAAAUACGACAUCCCAGCUUCAAUAAACUUCAUCCUGGACAAAACUGGACAAAAGCAUGUAUAUUAUGUUGGCCAUUCACAGGGCACCACAUUGGGUUUUAUUGCAUUUUCAACAAUGCCACAACUAGCUAAGAAGAUCAAAAUGUUCUUUGCUUUGGCACCAGUAACUACAGUAAAGUUUUCAAACAGCCCUAUGAUCAAGCUUGGAAUGUUACCUGAAUUUAUGUUCAAAGAAGUGUUUGGAAUGAAGGAAUUCCUUCCCCAGAAUGCAGCAAUAAAGUGGCUUGCUACUCACAUUUGUGACCACGUCAUACUUGAUGACCUUUGUGGCAAUUUCUUCUUUGUGCUAUGUGGGUUUAAUGUAAGAAACCUAAACUUGACACGAGUUGAUGUAUAUUCGACACAUUGCCCUGCUGGAACUUCUGUCCAGAACAUGCUUCACUGGGCUCAGGUGACCAAGUCUGGUCAGUUCAAAGCUUUUGAUUGGGGAAGCAGGGCAAAAAACAUGGCGCACUAUAACCAGCCAACACCUCCUUACUACAAAACAGAAUCUAUGGAUGUGCCAACAGCUUUGUGGUCCGGUGGUCACGACUGGCUCGCAGACCCAAAGGAUAUCACCCUUUUGCUGCCACAGAUCCCAAACUUAGUUUACCACAGGAAUAUUCCUGAAUGGGAACAUUUGGAUUUUAUCUGGGGCAUCGAUGCUCCAGAGCGCAUGUACAGGGAGAUGAUUCAGCUGAUGCAGAAAAAUCCAUAGAUCUGUGGGUCGCUUGGAACUGUAAUUUUGUAAUGCUUCUUCAAGAAAUUUGUAUGCAGCACUUCGUUGUUACUUUGACAGUCUGGGGGGGGGGGGCACGAAUCAUAGUCAGGAGACAGCCACGGCCCUAUGCCUGCAGAAAUACCCUUCCUGGAGCACCUACCCCAGUGGAAGGGUAAAUCUGCCAGUGGAUGGCUGCAUUCAGGAGGUGGAAGUGCCCUUCCUGGAGCACUUAACCCAGUAGAGGGGUAAAUCUUCUGGGGUAGCAAGGGUGUUCAGGAGGCAUGGCCAGGGGAGGAGCCAACUUUAGUUGCCUUCCACUCUGGCUUUGCCUCCUGAUAUGCAGAGGUACAACACAUGGACUUAGGCCAUGCUUUUGGGUGGCAUAACCCCAUUGAGCCCAAUGGAGGGCUAUACAGUGACAGGAGGGUUGGGGGGGGGGGUUGCUGCUGAAAAGCCCUUUGUAGAUGGUGGGGUGGCACUAAAGUGGGUCCGCUCUUGGCCGCACCAGGGCUCUGAAUUGGGCUGUAAUUCCCACUGGAAAGACUUUUUUAAAAAAAUUACAGUAUUAAUAUUUCUGUCAACAUACAGUGUAUCAAUAUUGCAGGAGGCUGAGUUGUUGCAUUGUUUGUAAGUACUUUAAAUCCACACAGUCUCAGUGAAUGUGUUCAAACAAAAUCUAGGCUGUCAGAGAAAAUACAAUGCCUUGCUACAAACCACCAAAACCAAUGCUCAUUUAGAAGUGAAGCUGAUGUUUUAAAAGUAUCUGUUGAUAGGAGGUUUGUUUAAAACUGCAGCUGAACUGGUAAUAAUGGAAUGAAAGCAUUUAGAAAGACAUCCAGUGACCUUGUGGAUGUGUCUUCCCAUGUGUCGCUAGUGUCCAUAGCACUAGUGGAAGUUUACAUAGUUCAGACCUCUUAAGCGGACUCACUUCAUGCUCCAGAGGAAAGUAGCACUUCGCUGGUUAAUGAUGCCGCAUGCAAGCCCCAAGAUUCCUAUAGGAUUCUGAGACGUAGGCUAUUUACGCAUUUGUAUGGUGUUCACUUUCAGCAUGCAGUCCAUUUGGGUUUGAUUCUUGGUUAAGCACAUGUUUUUCCCUCUUCUGCACUUAUCCUGCUCUCACAUCUGUAAAUCCCUGCCGCCUUACUAUAUCAGUGAUUGCGAACCUUUUUGAGACCGAGUGCCCAAAUUGCAACCCAAAACCCACUUAUUUAUCACAAAGUGCCAACACGGCAAUUUAACCUGAAUACUGAGGUUUUAGUUUAGAAAAAACGGUUGGGUCCGAG